AUGUCCCCACCUACCGUACAGACGUACAACUCAGGCCUCAUGUCGCUGGUCUCAUUUUUGGUUGUUCUUGAGAUUGUCAGGGAGCGGCAUUUUGAUGCUUUACAUCCCCCGUCUUGGAGACCGUUCAAGGAGCAUAACCCCCUCCGCUCCUCGUUCCCUCCUCGGUCCAUCUCACCGCGUCUCAUCAUUCUCGCCUUCAUCCCCGUCGCCCGCAUACUCCGCCCCCUUUCCACCAUCUUCCUCCUCCUCCUCCUGCUCCUCCUCCUCCUCCUCGUCGUCAUCACCAUCACCAUCAUCCGCACCAGAACCAGCACCAACAGAACUUAUUCAUAUACCGCAUAA